AUGCCUUUCGCCGUGAGCGGAACCGGAGUACCGCUCGUUGACUGGGAUGUUGGCGAGUCGUACGCAGGACUUUUGCCGAUUUCGCAAAAUGCGAGCGAGACGCGCAAGCUCUUCUUUUGGUUCUUUCCGUCAGAGAACCCCUCUGCCACCGACGAGAUAGCAGUCUGGUUCACUGGAGGACCGGGUUGUUCUUCGAUGUUGGGCCUGCUGCAAGAGAACGGACCUAUUCUCUGGGAGUCUGGAACAUACGGGCCUACGAAGAAUCCUUACGCUUGGAACAAGCUCACCAAUUUUGUCUGGAUUGACCAACCUGUCAAGACCGGAUAUUCUACGGGUGAGCCAGAUAUUCUGAAUGAGGAUGAUCUCGUCAGAGAGUUCAAGGGCUUCUGGAGGAACUUUGUGGACACGUUUGACCUUCAUGAUCGAAAGAUCUACUUGACGGGUGAAUCGUAUGCCGGAUUCUACGUCCCCUACAUCAGCGAUGGUUUUCUCAAAGAGAAUGACACGGAAUAUUUCAACAUUAAAGGGAUUGCCAUCAACGACCCUUUCAUUGGUAAUGCUCAGUUCCAGCAGGAGAUAAUCCUUCCAGAUUUUAUCGAAUACUGGAAUAAUGUUUUGGGCCUCAACGACACCUUCAUGUCGAGCCUGCGUUCCCAGAAGGAACAGUGUGGCUAUGCCGACUAUCUGAACAAGCAUCUCGCUUUCCCACCUCCACCCAGGCCAUGGGACGCGGUGCCCUCAGACUGCGGCGUCUACUUUGACUUUAUCGACGCUGUUAUGGAGGUCAAUCCUUGUUUCAAUGUCUACCACAUCACUGAUAUGUGCCCGUUCCCUUACCAGCCUCUGGGUGUAAUCAAUGGUGGAGACUACGUGCCGCCCUCGGCCCCAGAGUCCUAUUUCAACCGUGCGGACGUCAAGAAAGCCCUCAACGUUCCCGACGCAGCCUAUUGGUGGGCGUGCUCGCUCAGUGGUGGCUUCCUCGGCGAUGACCGUUCACCUGGGCCGGCUGUCGACGAUACGCUUACACGAGUGAUUGAUGGGCUUAACAACACGAUCAUCGGCUCUGGGGCACUCGACUUCAUCCUUCCGACUAAUGGAACGUUGUUGGCGCUGCAAAACAUCACGUGGAAUGGUGCUCAAGGGUUCCAACAGAAACCCUCGACACCAUUCUUUGUGCCAUAUCACGCUGAGCAGAACAGAGGCGCAAUGGCUGGGGCGGGAACACUUGGUGUCUGGGGUUAUGAGCGAGGAGUGACGUUCUAUGAAAUACAACUGGCCGGUCAUGAGCUUCCCGGUUGGUCUGCAGGAAGUGGCUAUCGAAGCCUGGAGCUACUUCUUGGGCGCAUCAAGGAUUUUAGUGACACGACUUCGCUGGUUCUUUGA